AUGGCGGCCGCCGUGAUCUCUUCGACGUUAUUCGGAUGCGUGGGAUGUCAGGCGGGAAUCGAAUACUUGCAAGCGUACGUCUUCUGAAUUCAAAGACAGCCAAUUCGCGUCUAUUUCAGAUAUGUGAAAAACAGUCUGAAUCUGAUCACUUUCUCUUCGUUCAUAUUCACAGCCACCUACGGACUCAUCUUCCAUUCCCGAUUCUUCACAGUUCCCAAUAGAAUUCCGAUUAGGUAAGUAGAUUUACAUCGAAUUUUACAAACAUUCGAAAGGUUAUCACAGGUCAUAUGCGAAAAUAGUGGCAAUAUUCUUCACAGUCAACAUGGCCAACAAUUUGGCGUUGAAGUUUGCCAUCUACUUUCCGCUUUUCAUCAUUUUCAAAUCGGUAUUUGAAAGAAAUCAUUUUGUAAAGUAUCAGAACCGUUUUGAAGGGAACACUAUUGGCGAACAUGACAAUGGGAUGGAUAAUACGCGGAUAUCGGUACAAUCUGAAGCAGAUCAGCGCCGUUUUCGUGGUCACCGCCGGAAUUGUGAUAUUCACAUUGGCCAGCUACGAACCGGGGGCGAACAACGUAAGAUUUACAUCAAUUUUCUCAGAAACUAUCGAAUUCAGAUCAGAACAGGAAUCGACACGAAUGCUUGGGCGGUUCCCAUUCCCCCGUUCAUCGUCGGCAUCGCUCUCCUCUCGUUCUCCCUCGUGCUCAGCGCCUACUUGGGGCUAUAUCAGGAGACGUUCUAUCAGAGGCACGGAAAGCACAAUGAGGAGAUGAUGUUCUACGUGGUGAGCUGGAAUCAGUGAGCGAGCACUCUGAGCUUUUUCCAGCAUUUUCUGUCGAUUCCUGCGUUCGCCCUAGUCGGAGAUGAGAUGCUGCCCGCUUUUCGUGCCGCUAACUCGACGCCUUCUAUCGUUUACGCCGGAAUCGACACGAUCAUCCCGUCGGCAUGGGUCUACAUCCUCGCCAUUUGCCUCUUUCAGUCAGUUCCCGAUCCCUUAUGACCGAAUUUAAGCAAUUUUCAGAUUCGCAUGCACGAAAAGCGUGUACAUGCUUUCGGCAGUGACCACUUCUCUCAACGUGACGAUGGUUCUGACGCUCCGCAAGUUCUUCUCCCUCCUCAUCUCGUUCCUCGUCUUCGAAAACGCUUUCAACAUGUUCCACGUCAUCGGCGCCGCGUUCGUCUUCAUCGGAACGUUCAUGUUCUCUGUGUCAUUCUCCUGA